AUAUUUGAAUCCAGAUCUUUAUCGAUUCUAUCCGUUGAAAUGUUCAUGGCAUUAAAUCAGAAAAGUGUUUCAAUCAACUAAUCUCAUUGUUUUUUCAUUGAAAUAUUCAAAACAAAAACAGAAAAUGUCAUCCAACACUAACGGAAAUACUUACGAAUCACUUAGUCUAACUAAAAAACAAUUCAAUCUUAAUCGUCAUUUAAAUUCGGAUAAUAUAAAGUCUAUAUUAUAUUAUAAUGAUUUGAAUAUACCUUUUCAUCAUUAUAUUCAAUGUACAAGAUGUAAUGACAAUCAUUUAGUUGAAACAAAUUAUACUACUAACAAUUUAAUGAGUAGUAUGAUAAAAGAACAACAAUAUAAAGGUUACUAUAAUGAGAAACCUGCAUGUCCUUGUAAUAUGAUCAAGUUGAAUAUAAUGAAACCAAAUCAAUCUUGUUACAAAGAGCAAUGUACAAAUGAUUCAACAAGCUGUUGUCAACCAUAUUAUCCUUUGUGUAAUUAUUAUCAUCAUCAUGAACAAAUGAAUAAUGAUAGAUGUGAACAUUGUUCAUGUCAAUGUUGUAUUCAAUCGAAAUGGACUAGUUCAAUGAUUCCAUCAGGUAGUAGUUGUUUCUAUUGUGGAAAAUCCCAUGAAUGAUGGUAUUGUGGUUACUGGGUGGGAUCAAUAUAUAUACACUAAGUGCAUACUUAUUGAAAUGCAUAUUCAUUUAUGAUAUUGAAAAGUGACUUUUAUGUUUUUGGUACUUGAAAAAUUCAUUUUAAGUUCUUCUGCAAUAAAAUUUGCUUUGACUU